UUGACAUUUGAUACUGCCUCAAACAAAUCUAUAUUCAGGAAUUUGAUACAUCUCCUCCCUAUCUUCCCUACAGUUUCAUACCUGGGAUAUGAAGCUCAUUACUGUUAUGGAGACAAAUUACCCCUUAUUGAUAAGGCAGCUUCUGAAAUUCGAGCUGAAAAGCUUGAUUGGUUAGUGCCGAGCACGAUAUCCGUUGAAGAUGUUCGAAAACGAAUCGAGGAAUUGAGACAAAUAAGGAAAGAUGAGGAAUACCUAAUGGGACAGACUCAGAGCUCCCAUCCUGAUGAGCCGAAAACAGUCGAGCUCAGACAGCUUACCGAUGAUAUUAUAGAAUCUGAAGCAGCGUUGAAGAAUCUCGAAUUUGCCCAGAAACGAGCUACUCAGUUGGUGAAGCAGCAAGAUCUUUUCUCAUUUGAGCUUGCUGCUAUUACCACCAUGACAUGUAUCUUACUAGCAGCAGGCUCCAUCACUAAAAGAAAGGAUUUUGCUAUCCCUAUUGUACCACUAGUCAUGUGGCUAGGUUAUAGAUACGAUAACGCUUUUGGAGAGAACCACGAAUCAAUCAAAGAAAAGGCAGAAGCUUUGUUGAGAACAGACGACAGCAGGUUAAAAAUGAUUGGAGGUCCAUUGACGCUCAAAGAAAUUGAUGCUUACCGAGAGCAGCACUUCCGAUGA